UGGUUUUUAAGCGAAAAGGCUAGGUUAUGCUUAGGAAAAGCAAGAAAGAACAAGAAAAGAAAGUAAUUGCAAUCUCAGCAAGGUUUCCUUAGUAGGAUGGGGCUGAAAAAUUGCAGUGAUUCUGUUUUGAAAGAUGAAUAAUAGAAGUGCAAAAACAGUCAUGAAGUGGAGCAGGUCGGUUCGCACACCAUGUACCUGUUUUUAUAAGAAGAUUUAGGAGACAAGCUAUUGAAAUUGAUAGGUGACAGAUUUAAAAAUGAAAAAAAAUAUUAUUUAACUGCCAGCGUAGCUCAGUAUUAUAAGUUUGUUUGUUAUUCCCCCCUUGACUGCUGUGUGCAAAACUACACUCUGGCCAGGUGUCACUUUUACUUAGGCUGCCUUUCUAGAGCUCAGUGAUCAGCUGUAUCUAAUUCUUGGUAUUUUUUCCUUUUUAGAAUAUUUAAGAUAUUUUUAGAAUGUUUAAGGUUUUUUCUCCUGUUGGUCCAUACUGCUGAAAUUCUCGUCACGUAUACAUGACUCAUCUUUGCUUUCAAGGCUUCCUUCUACCUGUUAAAUAACCACUUACUAACUUUUCUGUUUGCUAAUGACAUGAUUUGCCAUUGCUGCCUACUUAAGAUCUUCAAACAAGCGUCUUUGUAGCUUUGCUCUGUGAUACCACAUACAUAUUUAUAUUUUAAAAAAUACGUGAAUACAAGUUCUUCUAAACGUGCACAAGAAUGUUAAUGGCUUCAAAUUCUUCCUUAAAGAUCUUUUUUUAUGGUUUGUGAAAAAACUUGACAGUGAUUAGGUGAGUGAUGUACAGAAUUAGUUGACUGUCAUGAUAAGCAGUAUGGAUUCAUUUGCUGCCCUGUACUACUACCCUACCAAUUUCUGUUGAUCUGUACAUGCUUAGUUGGUAAAAUCGUUAGUGCUGGGGAUAUGUUUCUAUUCUGGUUGUCUUAGUUUGUGGUUACUGCUACUGUAAAUACAAGUUAAAAAAAUGGGCAAAUAAUAUAAUAGGACUUUGAAAAUAAAUAACUACCAAGAAUGUUCUGGUAAUAGGAGAUCUCAGCUUUUCUGUAUUGGCAUCUAAAUUUACUGCCAGCUCACAGGUAUAAAGAAUCAGUUUCUCAGCAGAGGUUGUCAUUAGCUAAUCUACAAUUCCUUGUACUUUCCGAACUUCUCUGCUGGCUAAAGAACAAGAUAGGCAGCUGGGUGGCUCAAGUCUUGUCUGAAGCUUCUGCUUUUAAAUGUCUGAAUCCACAGUUUUGGUGCAAACCGCUUUAUGUUCCUGUGAAUUUCCUUAAGGAUAUAGUAGUCUGCAGCCCGAUCUGACUGUGGCUCAGCGUGCAUGUCUGAGCUAGUUUUAAACUACCUAUCAGUAGCAAUCUGUGUGCAGCAUUACCGAACUGGAUACAAGCUGGAAAAUCUGUCAAUGAAGCAAAGCAGAACAGUGUCUUUCUGAGCUAUUUGCUGCCGCAGCUGGGUCGGUACCAACUCGUGAGUAAGAUAGUACAUGCAUGCCUAUUAUCUGCAGUCUGAUAUGACUGCAGCAGUUAAAUACGUUAUUUAAUUCUGUCUGUAAAUCUGCCUGAACUCUGAAACGUUAUCCUUAGGCCUGCAACAAUUGAAGGUCAUUUAUGGAUCACAAGAGAAUGAAAAACUAGAGGAAAAAUAACAUUGCAACUCUAGGAUAAAGGUCAACUUGAAAAUACCUACAAAUUUGGGACUCUUAUUUCUAGCUGUAAAACAAUAAACUGAAAAAGCAUAACCAGACCAGUUAGUAGGUGUAAAGCAUCUUAGCUUUACGUAACUUAUUUCAGUUCAAUGCCACUGCGUUAAUGAAGGGGUAACUUUAAGGACAGAUGGCACAAAGGUUGCCCAGUGUGAAGUCCUAAUUUCAAGGAAAAUUUUCGUGUUUUAGUCUUUGAAGGGGUAUUGACUUCUGAAUCACAUGCAGACAUGCCUCUGAUCUUUCUGAAAAUGACUCAUAGCGCAACUCGUAUGUCUAAGUACUGGCAUCACAUUUGCAAUAUGAUGAUCAUUUCUCACAAUAGGAAUAGAUGUUUUCUAAUCUCAUGUGUUGAAUUAUAUAGCUUGCUGCUUUAAUAAAGAAAAACAUAGCUCUUAAAAACAUAAUGCUGAAGUUUUUGUUCUUUUUCUUUCAUUAGUCGUCUGCUGUAGGUUUGAAGGUAGAAUAAAUUAAUGACUGUCACCCCAAACUCCGUAGCUUUAAAUGCUGAGUUAAUUUACGCUUUCAGUGUCAGGCGAUCUUUUUUUUGCCAACAUAAGCACUCGGCUGAAACAACAGCUAUGACUCAGUUGCCAGUGAACGCUGCUUGAAUUGAUUUAGUCCGAGUUCAGAUUUAGCACAUAAUCAUGUUCAAUUUGAUCCACUGUGCUGCCUAGAGAUAAAAGGGUUGAAAAAAUAGAUUUAGCUUAUGUCAGUCUUGGUGGUGAUGUCAUUGCCGUGAGAGAUGGAAUAGCGCUGUUACUCUGCUGUGCCUGCUCAGUUGGUGGGUGUACGAGGGAAAGGCAAGGAGCAACUCAGUUAAGUGCAAAGAGCUGGUGUCAGAAGCUUGCAGUUAGCAGCAGCACUUGAAGCAGCAUUUUGGACUGUUCAAUAGCAAUACUGAAUUGAAGAUUUUUUUUUUUUUUUCCCUUGCAGUCAUUUGUUACUCUGAGAUUGCCUAACUCUGUGUACAAAAGGGGGGGAUGCCAGCCCGUAGCAUGGACUGUGAUGUCUCCACUCUGGUUGCCUGUGGGGUUGAUGUGGAGAUUUUUACCAACCAAGAGGUUAAGGAAAAAUUUGAAGGCUUGUUCCGUGCUUAUGAUGACUGUGUGACAUUCCAGCUGUUUAAAAGCUUCAGACGUGUGCGGAUAAAUUUUAGUAGUCCCAAAUCAGCUGCUCGUGCCAGAAUAGAGCUGCAUGAAACACAGUUUAGAGGGAAGAAGUUAAAGCUGUAUUUUGCACAGAUUCAGACCUCUGAGACAGAUGGAGACAAGCUUCAUUUAGCUCCACCACAGCCUGCAAAACAGUUUCUCAUCUCGCCUCCAGCCUCCCCACCUGUAGGGUGGCAACCAAUAGAUGAUGCAACACCUGUCAUCAACUACGACCUACUUUAUGCAGUUUCUAAGCUAGGACCAGGAGAGAAAUAUGAGCUGCAUGCAGGAACAGAGUCCACCCCCAGUGUGGUAGUGCACGUCUGUGACAGCGACAUGGAAGACGAGGAGGACCCAAAGAAUUCUCCAAAGCCAAAAAUCAUUCAAACUCGGCGCCCUGGUCUGCCACCUCCUGUAUCUAACUGAGCCUCGCCAGCAGAAAAAGCACUUCUCUCCUCCAACACAGCUCUUGUUUUUUGUUUGCUUUGUUUUAUUGAAAGGCAGCCAUUGCCUUGUGAGUACCAGGACAUUUAGCUCAUUGAAAUCCCUCACAGUAAUCAAGCCUGUGUAACAAAAGGGCUAGGAAAAAGAUCUUUGUAUAUGUAAUCAUAUCACACACCAACUACACUAAUAGCUUUUCCGGAAAGGACAAAAACAGGCUGAAGCAGGAAGGGGGGGGUCAGUCUGAGGACUUUUCACAGCUAUAAUUUGCAUGCUGUAACACCACCACCAGAGAGAUCAGUCAGGAUGGGCAAAUAGGCUGAUACCGGGCUUGAUAUUCAAACUCACAGAAUACUCAUUGCUGCCCUUCAUCAAAGAGCCUGCUUCUCUGCCCUCCUGAGUUCCCCAGCAGACCUCAAUCUUUUCCUUUUCGGUGGGAGAGGGGUGGGUUUUUUUUUUUUUUUUUAAUCUACUAUUGGCAUGGUGGCCUUUUUUCAUCCUUCUGAAAUUUUCUUAAAGGACACCAUCUUUGCAACAUGUUUCAGAAACAGCAGAAAAUCACCCUCUUCCACCAACAGCUGCAGAGACACCUGGUCCUUAAUAGUGGUAGGGAUGUGACACAGAGCUCUCCGGGCUGAGGGGAGAGGGAGUAGCUUGCUGAAAAGUCCCAGGCCUUUCAGCCUCCUCUAAGGAGGAGGGAGCCAGAAUAUCAAUAGGGACUGACAUUUUACCUUCCAUAGAGGUUUGAAUGGUACUUCUCUCUGAGUCUGAGGGGAAAAAGAGAAGCCAGCUGACUGCUGAUUUACGGUGGGAUUCAUUGCUCUGUUGUACCUGCAAGUUCUGCUGAUGAUAAAGGCUUCCCUAGUGGUGUGUCGAAUAGCCCUGAAACCAACUUUUUGUAAUUAGCUGUACAUCCCUAAUAAUUAGUCCUUUUUCCUCCCUACUUCCUGUGCUUUAAAGCCCUUCUGGAGCUGUAUGCAAUUUGGGUUUGUGGAGGUGAGGAGAUUGGUUGGUAUUCUCUGUUGUUUUUUUGUCUUCUCCUUUUUCCCCCUCUCUUUUUUUAUUUUUUUAGGCCAAAGACAACAGGACCAUAAUUACACACUUGAAAUUAGACUGCAUGAAAUUGAAUCCCCUUUUUCACUCUGUCCUGCAUGUUUAUUUCACUUGCUAUGUAUACUGGGUUACAAAAAGUGUUCCGUGUUUUCAUCAUGGCUGACAGCAGACAGAUACUGGAUUCCCUGUCUGGUAGAUCCUCCAUGACUUUUUUCAUGCGUACUUGUCAUUUUAAGAACAUAUUUUCUAGACGUUUGAGCUCUGAUUUUGCAUAUACUUAAGCAUGCGCUUAACUUUAUGCACAUGAGUAGUUCCACUGAAAUUUAAUACUGCAGAAAACUGAGCAUAUGUGUAAGAUACAGUGGGAUUUUUAGGCACAGGCUAAUUAGCUGCAGCUGCACUCCCCCAAAAUGACAACCAACUGGCACAGGAAGAUUCCAUGGUUUAAAUUCCUUUACAAGUUAAAAUAACUUUAAAAAGAAAAAUCUUGGAAGCUCCUUCUAGGAUCUGAAAAGUCAGUUUCUAAGUUCUGUAAUCAAGAUCAUGACAUAAGACGUAUAGAUCGGGUUUCUGAGGGAAGGUUCCAUUCCGCUCUUAACUAACAGUAUGGCUACAAAGCUUCAGUAGAAUCAGUGUCACUCUCGUUGCUCUAUUGGCCCUGCAAUACUUCCAGGAGGAAAGGUAUGUUGUUUUUUCAGCGAAGUCAGGAGAUACCGUUCUCAUCCAUGGUGAGAACGUUCUGAGAAGUAAGUACUUGCCCAUUGUCAUGUAGUUCAUUCUCUCACCACCACCGUCCCUUAAUAUUCCUGUUGAAAUAUAGAGCCUUUCUUAGAAUAUAACUGUAAUGUGAUCAUUCUUAAUACAUUGUGGACAUUGUGUAUGUUACACUAACGGAAAAGCAUGUGAAAUACAACGGAGAGUGAACAAGAAAUUGAGGCUUCAGUAUCUUCAUGAUAUCUUGAGUAAAGUUGUCUUAAAAAUAACUCCUCAGAGGCUUCACUUCAAUUAGUUUUCAAUGAUGCGUUUAGAAUUGAUUUAAAUAAAUAAUUUGUCACUUACUACCCUAGGACGAAAAUGUGAUAUUCCUGUUGAAAAUAGUCAUAGGCCACCUAUAAUAUUUUAGGAGUGAUGUCUUUUUCUAAAAGAACAAGCUGAAUGCUAACACCUGUUCAUUUUAGACCAAUUCUUGGCCACAUCCUCGAGUGAGGUAAAUGAUCAGAGAUCUUCACUGAUUAGGAUUUUUACGUCUAAAAAUGUUAAGAGGGCUAAAUCUCAUCCUUGUGUCUGUGUACUCAGACUUUGGAGAGAUUUGGUGCUGAACUGAUUUACAGACUUUGGCUUCCAUUGAUUUAAAACCGUACUGCAAAUAAAGCACUGGAUCUUAAAUGUUCUUUUCUUAAAGCACGUUAAUGGACAUAGGUUUAAAAACAGGCCCACCUCAAAGAUGAUUCUUUACAAAACUAUACAGUACUAUCUUGGAGGAGGUAGAACAGCUUCGUUGUGUAAAGCACAGAAGUGCAGUUUCUGAGUUGUGAGAACUCAGAAACCUGUUGUAACUGUGGUCAAAGGUUAAAAAUUGCCCUUGUAUGGUAAAAUAAAGUCAUCAAAGAAAAGUAUUUCAGGUAUUAUGGAACAACUUCCCUAUCAUAAAAGUUACAUUUGUCAUUGUCUUAAUCUUGUAUUUUGCUAGCAGCUGGCUCUUGCUUGGCCUAGGGGGGAAAAAAAAAGGGCUUCUUUCAAAAAAUGCUGACCAUCUGGAAAACAAAAUUCCUUUAUAAAUUCAGUAAUUCACAUCCUGUUGUUCUGUUCAAAACAAAGCUGCCAAUGACUUCAUUGGGAAUUUUCUUUUGUGUAGCAUCUCUAAGGUCAGUCCCUAUGACCUGUCCCUUUCAUAGGGGUAUCUACAGUGCUAAAGUAGAUUCCCUCUUGUAAUAUAAAUAAGAUCUACAUUUAUUCAUUACAUUAGAGCUUCUGAUGCACAGUGAUGUAGAUGAUGUCCUUCUAAUGUCCUUUCUGAGUGUGAGACUGUGCAAGUGGCUGGCAGCGAUGCCCUGGGGCCCUCUGCCGAGUGUGCGCUGCUCCUGCUGCUGCUUAGGAAUUAAAGGAAGAAAGCAGGGCAGGGCAGUUGCUGUUUCUGUUUCCCUCCGCCCUACUUGUCCUUCCUGAUCUCUUCAGAUACAAAAUGUAAAUUCUAAUGACUCUCUUCGUACAGUUAAAAGCAUGAAAACAUUUCCAGUGCUGGGAACAGGGAGCAUUUUAGGAUCUGCUCUUUUGGAAUAGAAGAAUGAAGAAUCUGUGGCCUUGAGAUAUAUAUAAUUUUUUUUUUUGUAAUUAAGACGAGCUAAUACAACCCCUACCACAUGCACACGUACACACUCGUAUACAGCUUGUUUUCAGCCAGAAAACAUAGCAAGAGCAUCCCUCCUGCAAACCUUAACAAGAAUACAGACAUGGUUAUUGUUAAGUGCUUUAUUUUAUAAAAAUGUGCCCUCUGGCUAAACUAUAGUCCAUUUGUUCAACGUUUAUUCGCUCCUAAAUUGGGUGGAUAUUUUUUCUCUUUUUUUUCUUUUUUUUCCCCCUCCAUCAGUGACAGUGAAAAAGUUUUCUGGAAGAAGAGGGACUGUUCUCUGUAUGGGAUGAUAGAACUGACUGAACUGACUGUCUUUUGCAAGACUUGAUUACAGUGGCAUGGCUGAGCACUGUGAAAGAUAUGUUAGCAUUUCCAUUGUAUUGUACAUACUUUUGAAAUAUUCUAUUUAGUCAUAUUUUAUAGGAGUAUUAUGCUAGUUGAUCACUUUUGCACUUGUAUAAUUCAGAGCUUAGUUUUAAGAAUAAAUACGGCAAACAAUAAUUUUUGUGUUCUGUUUGCGUUGGCAUUUUGAAAAGCAACAUUGAAACUGUGUUAAUAAACUGACUAGUAGGAUAUACACCACUGCUCUCUUAACUAAUAGAACUGAAACUGCUUAAAUGCAUGACGUAGGCCAAACUCGUUUCAAUAUAAGUUAAGAAAUUAGAGAAAAAACAAACAAAAAAGCCUUCUGGUUUGCAAGAUAUGCCAGAUUCCGUUUUAAGCUCCUGCAGUUCCACUGGGUCAUGUGGACUUGCACUGGUUCACUGUGGAUUUGGCUAGGUGUAUGCCAAAAAAAAAGUAUAUAUUGCACCAUCCCAGGUGAGCAAAAAUAUAUCCCUGCCAGCUGAAGUGGUUCUCCCUGUACUUUUGUAAUAAUGGGUAAACAUAAUGGGUGUAUUUAAAUCAGUAACGUGACAUCCAGCUAAUGCAGAAACUGAGGAAAAAGUUACAUUAGCACUAAUUAUUUAUUAAUAGGAGUCACUGUAGUCUCUUCUGUCAGUUAUUACUGGAUAUUCCAAAGGACUGGAAACCAGGAGAUAAGGGCCUGCUAAGUAACUGCAUCAAGAAAUUCUUAUGUUUGAUCUUAUGCCAGUCACUCAGAUAUGCAUUUUGAAAAGUGCUUUUUUUUCUGGGUGCCCAGCUAAAAGACCUGUUUCUCAAAGGAUGAUUAUUCACGAAUCUGAAAAUUACAUCUCUUUUUAAAAGUUUCAUUCAAAAAUGUAAGCUUUCAACUCACCGAUUCCUUUUAAAAAGACGAGCCCUACCCUCCUGGUUUUGAUUAGAAACAAGUAUUAGCAGGCAUCUUUUUACAGAGUACUUUGGAAUCUAGUGGCCAAGUGUGCUGCAGAAAGCCUGAUUAUUCUUUACUGUUAGUCUGUUUACUGCUGAGGAGAGCUCUUUUCCAAAUGAGCUUUCCCCAACUACCACAAUCUGAUCUGACUGAAAUGUUGUAUUAUUUACCUGCUGUUUGGCUUUUCCAUCUUGUUGAGCAUUGGAUACAACAGCUGGGAAUAAGCUUCAAGGCUUCACAUGUGAACAGUAGGGUGCUGCAUGUCCAAAAGGAUUUCAAACUGGUCUUUGCUUGCGGACAUGCAUGUCUGUAUACAUACAGCUCCAGUGAGCACUUAAUUUGUACACGCAGAUAGGCAGCAUCUAUUUAUACUGGGAAUUUGUGCAUGCAAGUGAUAAUGUGCAAUCUAACCCUGCAUGGUAUCAAAUAACAGGAGUUAAUGCUAUUUCUCUUGUCUGUAGCAGGGGCUUGACACUCAUGGCUUACGCCUUGAUUACUGACAGUCCUGGCUGAAGUUCUGUGUACUUCAUUACUGAUCACAUUGCUAUUACUGUUUCUUGCACAGCCUCCGUUUUUGUCCUGAAGCAAAAUAGUCAAAGCAAGAGAGACAGUAGGAACGACAGUUGAAAAGACCAGGGCAGACCACAGUUCUGUAACGGGGACUGUACUUAACAUCAAAUCACUUCCAGCUGAUAGGCCCAGCUUUUUGAAAGGGAUUCAACAUCUCACAAUUCUAUUGCCUGAUGACAAAAUCUGUAGUCAGUUUGGUAGUAUUACUGACAGACUUACUGGAAUAACUUGCUUGAAGUGAAGGCCAUAUCUGUCAGGGAUCUGGGGACCUGGAACAAGCUCUUCAUGGAUGAAGGGAUUCGAGUAAGUUAUUAUGGAUGGAUAAAUUUGGUUAAAGUGGCAGCGCUUUUAGAUUGCCUCCUUUAAAGAGUUUUUACUGAAUUCAUUUCUGUUCCUUCUUCAAAAAUGGAAAUCUUUCACCUCAAAGCAUUUAUCCACUUGCAGCUUUUUUACACACAUUAGUGUGAAUUUAAGACCUUUGCAUUUUAUUGUUUCCUUUCUACCUAGGAAAUCCCAUUUAGUUCUCUUUCACCAAAAAACAAAACUGGGUAUGGAUUAAAGUUCCAGACAGACCCUGGCUUAAAUUCAUCCUCAUGUGAUACUCUUGAGUCACGUUAUCAAGAAAAAAAAUUUUUGAUGUGUUUUAGCAUGUUUCCUAGGGGAAGUACAGCAGCUUUCAAAUAUUUGGGAUUCCUCUUAAAAGGAGAGAAGUUUUUGCUUUUAAAUACAUUUAGACUGCUGCAUUCACGGUAGAAGUGCAAGGGAGGAAGUGGUGUAAAAGCUGUUUCCCACAUGCCUAUUUGAAGUGUGUGCAGAUUAGCCGCUGCAUUUGCAUUUGGCUUGCACUGUCACAGGUAGAACAGCAACAGUACUCCCAAUGGAAAGGCGAGAACUCCUAAUGCCUUUACUGCAGAGAUGCUUGAAAAGCAUUUGUAAAAAGCCUUAACUCAUCUCUCUCUUUUUGUAAUUGCUUUAUCAACCUGUUCAGCUGCUACACAGAGCUUCUGGGGCUACAGUGUGUGUCAUCCGUGGUUUCUUUAACUGUACCAAUGCAGUGGCUACAAGUCUACAAUCCGGGACGUUUAUCAAUGGGAUCCUUGCUAGAGAAAUGAAGGCGUUCAGGACCUUAAGACGGACUUCAGGAUUUAAACCCAUGUAAUUGAUAGCUAUAUAAAGAAGGGCCCAUUUGCUGUCCCUGAGUCAGGGGCUUCCUCACCCAUCACAGUAAGCGUAUCCAGCAAGAAGGAUUAAACUUCUCUGUUAUUAUACACGAGAAAAUCAGCUUUGUUUUAAUAAAUCCUUGUAACUGAUCAUUAAUCUAGUACCAGAAACUUGUGUCUAUAUCAGUGCCACAAAGAGGUGUUCUUGUCACUGUUCAGUUAAUGAAAGUAAAUGUUUUUAAUCCAUUUUAGAGCAGAGUUCUUGUUCAGAAACUUGAAAGGAGUAUGAUCAUCUGUAAUGACUGAUGGAUCCUUAAAUGUUGAUUUGGCAAGUUGUCCUACUGUGGGUAGCUGCAGAAAUAUUUCAUGUAUGUUGUUGUAGGUUUGAAAACAUUAAUCAUGUUCUCAUUCAAGUGUCUGCAUUUCUGACACAGAUGUGACAUAUCUGUAUAUAUUAUAAAUCAAUACUAUUUUUAACCAUAUAUUUUGUACAAAUAUUCACAUUAGCUCUGUAUUUCGGUGAAAAUCUAUUAUGGUAUUAAACAUUUUGGUGGAAUUAGCAAA